GAAUACUGACCAGUGAUAUAGCUUUUAUGACAACCCGUAAUUUUAUAUUUACGUAUCUGAUUUGUCAUAUUGAAUUCCACCUACUGUGACGGUAAACAGAUUGAAAUUUCCCUCUAGCCUAGGAUAUUAUGAAAUAUUGAUCAGACUUGUUGAGAUUCGUAUUCCGCCACAGUAGCAAGAGAAAAAUGAAAACUGUUAGAGUUAAUCUAUAUUAUAUUGGCUGUAUAGCUGGAAUUUUUGUUUUUAUUUUUUUAUUUCGAAACCUCGGAUAUCUUAUAAAAGAGUUUGCUCUUCAUGUUAAUGUCAACGUGGAAGUAUGUGAUACUUGCUCCAUGAGGCACAAGAAUAAACUUCAUAAUACAGAACGUAUAUCGAACGUUAUACACCAAAUUUAUUUUCCUCUUAAGAGCAAAACUCCACCGGUAGAACUUACAAAAGCACGGGACACGUGGAUUCGCGCACACAAAAAUUAUACCCAUUAUCUUUGGAAUGAGACUUCAAUUUUGAAAUUAAUGCGUGAACAUUAUCCACAUUUAGAACCUAUUUAUCAUAGUUACGACUACUGGGUUCGACGUCUAAAUAUUGUCAAGUAUUUGUCAACGUAUCAUUACGGAGGCUGGUAUGCGGACAUGGACGUGACAUGCAAACACAAUUUGGAUGAACUUACUGAGCGAGCAUUUAGACAGAAUAAAAGUGUAGUUCAACAUUUAACCUUCCCAGUUGGAACAUCCAAUGAUUUUUUUGGAGUAACUCCGAGACAUCAAUUCUUAAAAUCAGUUCUAGAUCACCUGCCAAACUCAAAUCGAUGGUUCAUAUUCCCGUAUCCAAAUACAGUGCUUACGACAGGAACGACUUAUUUAUGGGGCAGAUACCUCAACUAUCCGUAUCAAGAUGAAUUUCUGAUUCUAGAACAGAACGACGUGGCAACUUACAUGCAGCAUCACCAUGACUCAACGUGGCAUGGCUGGGACGCACUCCUUAUUCGAUUUUUUGUGCAUCAUUUCAAGCAGUUAUUUGGGUUAACCAUUUUAAUUGUUCUUGUCUUAGUUAUACACUGCUUAAAGAGAUCGCAUUCAAACAAGACGAUAACAUAAUAAAGAUAUAUAACACUGACUAAUCAGCUGUUUUCAUGCUUUCUUAGAGAACAUACUGUCUUAGUGCUGGAUGCUCCCCGAAAUAACUGGAGCAUAAGGGGCUUUUCAGUCACAAAGGUGUUGUGUUAAAGAAAAAUGUACCUGUGAGGUGGGAAUAUAAAAAAUAAAGAACAUGUAUCUUUAAUAUUUGAAAAUGAAUUAAUCUAUUGCAGAAUAAAGCAGUAGACUUGA